AUGACAGUCGGGCUGUCUGCCAGCCUCCUUACCAAGCACUGUGGUUUGCGCUUCCUCGGCCAGGGCUUCUAUCGUUUCAAUCGCAGCCCCUUCCAAGGAAAGUUCAUGAUCAUAACUGGUCGGUUGGGGGAUGGGACGGUCCUCCCAGUUGCAGCUGGCGUGUUUGCCCAGUGGAAGGAGGCCAACGAUUCUGUUGUUGCUGAAACAGCAGAAAACACCGAAUGGGUAUGGAACCAGCUCAAACGCACAUCCCUGGGACCUUGGCUAUGUCCAUCCAGCGGAUCGCUGACUAUCAUGACUGGUCGAUCAACUGCCAUUCUCAAAGGGGUAACCGCGGGCAAUGUUUGUAUCCCAAAGGCUCUGGCGGGUCUGCAAGCUCAUACCCACGUGGAGUUUGACAUGAGAAUGAACCAACUACAAAAGGCCAACCCACUGGCGUUUGACCAUCUCAAAUCCUCUGGCAUCGCAGACGCGCAAUGGGCAACGUAUGCUCAACUGCUUCCUAAGACCAGUACAGAUGUCUCAACACAAGGAGCUCAACUGCUUCCUAAGACCAGUACAGAUGUCUCAACACAAGGAUGCGUCCGCACUUACGGAAUCAAAUCGAACAUACAGGCUGAGACUGGAGAUAAAAAACUGAGCUCUUCCCUGGCUACAAAACGUAAUCCUCUCGAAUUCUUCGAAUCAUUGGGAGACUUUUGGAUGGAAUGUUUGGGAAAGGCACUUUCUAGGAAAAUAUUGUUACAAGAGCAAGACAAAUUUAUCGUUAGCGAUCAAGUGCGCAAGGAGUUCUUUCAGGAUUGGGAAGCUUGCAAGCUGUUCGGGUUGAACCCUUCAGAUCCCUUGACUCCUCCUCCAUGUGCGGUCAAGACCUCUGCGGCGAGAAGAGCUUCUUGCUACAGCGAUGAAGAGGAGCAUGCAACCUCGGCGCCUCGUGUGCGUCGAAGGACUCGGACACACUCGCCACCUGGCCGCGAAGACACUGCGAGGAGCGAUCAUGACGGGGAGCAGGUGGAGCAGGCGACGUUGUAUAACACCCACGGGAAUCGCAAGAAAACUUGUCAGAUAUGCGGCAAGGUUGGGCACAACAAGAGGACGUGUACGACACUGACAAGAAGCGGGAGGGGAGGGGAAGAAAGAGAAGAAGGCGCAACAGGAGCAGCAGAACGCGCUGAAGGUUGCGAAGACAAGCACCAAGACUGA